AUGGAUUCUGAACACACGCCGGCAGACCUUGAAGCGGCUACGGCUCUUCUCCUUCUAUCGAAACGCCCGAUCCACUGGAUUCGUCAAUACCAGCAGGCACCCCCAGCUUCAGUCGAAUCUCUGCGAUCGUCGAUCGACGGAGGACCACCUCGGAAGCGAGUUCGUCUGACUCUCCACAAGUUCCAGGAAGAUAUGUCUCCGAAUGACGAGCCUAUGCCAACCCCUCCCCUCACGAGGGCCUCGAGCAUUGAGUCCGCUGGGUCCCAGUCCUAUCAUGCAGACGAUCGAGUCGCAAGUAUCAAGGUUGAGUUGCAGAAGAGAACUUUCGAGAAGGACUACAUCUAUGCACGAGAAAUAGCGAAGCACUGUCAGCAGCCGCUGUAUCGUUCUUACAAUUCUGACACAGCGGCUGAAUCAGCAUUGUUGACGUUGAAGAAGCACGCCGCUGGGACAACCGAAUUGGGAAGGCACGCCAGUCACUUCGUUGGUCACGUCCCAAACACGACCGUCGCAAACAAAAACACAGACACGACCUCAACCACGACCGGUAAAAACACGCAACGCAAGAUGGAUGGGUUUUGGCAAGCUCCCGACGGCUCCAUGCCAUUCCAGCAACAUUCAACAGGUCCCAUCGAGACAACAUACCUACAAGGUGGUUUUCUAGAUCAAGCCGACAUCAACAAGGCACUGUUCGCCGCGAUAGACAAGAUGCACAGCGACGUUAUCCGGACUUCAACCUCUAACCAGAUGCUGUACGAGCACGUGGGAAUGCUGAGGGGUCAUAUACAGAUGCUUGAACAAGAUAACACCCAACUUCGAACUGUUGUGGAGGGACUCCGUGGUGUCAAGCAGCAGCGACAACCGCCAAAGCUGAGCUUGGGCAUCAGCAAACUCGACCUGAAUGACUUUCCAACAAACAGCUUGCCAACGCCCUCAACUGGUACCCUAUCAAGCACUAAUCUCGCAUUCCCUAGCAGACCAACAAGUGGCACUGGAGUAGCUUUCCCGAAGACUGCAAUCUCAUCCAGCACAGGGCCUUCGUUCGCAGAGGCGACAUCGAGUUCUUUCGAAGCUCCCGCGGUUGUUCCCCCUACUCCGACCACGCCGGGUAGCCGCACGGUCCUGUACAAAAAGGACAAGCACGACCUGACCGGCAAACUUCCUCCAGCGAACGUGAAACUUCCCCUGGUGCCACUCACGGACGUGGAACUUAUCGUGUUCUUCUACAACUCGACCUUGCGACCGAUCGUCUCAGUGCGUCUGUAUGCUCGAGGGGGCCCAAACGUCAUUGCGCAAGUAAUCAACGACCAUCGCGUGGUCAACCCCGACGGCUAUAAGCGCAAUACCUGCAGCGUGCAUUGCAACAAAGCUGUCAAGACUUUCAUUCGAGAGAACGGAGAAGAGACCAAGAAGAAAAUUUCGGAUUUCUUCGAGGUCGCCGGUGACGUGGAGGCAACUGACGCGAUUAGGCACGAUGAGAGCGAGCUCAGCAAGACAUGCGAUUUCCCAGUUCUCGAUCUCUUCAAGGAUCUUACCAAGUUCCCUAGCGAUGGCCAGGCUGGAAUCUUUACCGACUGCAUCCGUUGGUGUCAAAAUAAUCAGGUCGGUGCGAAGGUGUCCCAAGUUCACCUAAUAGGUGAGUCGCUGAUGAAUGGCACCGACCCUCUGGACAACCUCGACCUCUCCUCUGCCGGCACGAGCACUACCAGGCUGCUGGAUGACAGCUCAGACCUCACAAGCAUGAGCGACGAAGAGAACCACCCGUUGCCCAGCAAGUCAGCUAAGUCUACCAAGAAGCCCAUUAUCAAGACUGAAAACUCGAUCAAAGACUGA